ACUACAGGCAGUGGCAGGCGGAUCAGCCGGACAACGCAGGAGAGGACGAGCACUGCGUCUCCAUGAUGGAAGACAGCUUUUGGAGGGUCAAAAGCUGCACGCUCGUCAAAAUGCCUCUCAUCUGUUUCAGAGAUGCUGAAGCAGAUCCAUAUGUUCUGGUGACCGAGGAGAAGAGUUGGUUUGAGGCUCAGAGCUACUGCAGGCGGCAUCACACUGAUCUGGUCAGUGUGACGAGUCAGAGUGAGAACCAGAAGGUGCGGCGCAGACUGAAGGGCAACCAAACUGUGCCGGAGGCCUGGAUCGGCCUUCGCAGAGACUCCUGGAGGUGGUCGGAUGGCAGCAGCUACUCGUUCACAAAGUGGGGUUUACAGCCUGUUCAAGUAAAAAACUCAAAGGCGUGUGCUUCUAUGCAAAACGGGAAAUGGAACAAGUGGAAAUGUGACGAGAAAUUAAACUUUCUCUGCCAAAAAAUAACGGAAGUGACUGAACCCGGCUCCAUCAGCCAAGCUGAGCGGAGAAGCUCGACAGUGAAGAUGAAGUUGCUGACUAACGCCGACCUUAAAUAA